UUAACUUAGAUGAAACAAAUUGUCUGUUUUAUGCUGUAGCCUUUAUAUGAUCUGCACGGACCCCAGAUUUCGCGUUUUAUAUGUUGAUCGGUUGUACCUCACUAUUUAAUUCGCGAUAAUAUUGAGAAUAUUAAGAUUUAUAAAGCUGGGCCAUGAAAAAGGGAAAAAAAGACAGAAUUGUGCUGUGUGCUGUCGCAGGUAUAUUUUACGCUACAUCCGUCCUGGGACCCGCUAUGGGCUUUCUGCUUGGAGCAUUCUUCCUUUCAAAAUACACGGACAUAACUCUCGACUCUUCACAGCUAGGCAUAUCCUCUACAAGCAACACCUGGGUUGGCGCCUGGUGGCUCGGUUUCUUGGGAGCCUCUGUCACCACAUUCCUCAGCGCCUUUCCUAUGGCCAGCUUUCCCAGGUUCCUGCCAACUGCCCAGCAGAGGGCGAAGGACCUGUCCGAGUUACAGAAGAAGAAGGCGACGCAAACCCAGACUGCAGAAGCUCCCAAGAAUGCAGAGCCAGCUUUGGCUGCGCCGGAUGGCCAGGUUUAUCCAAAUCCCGACGCCGAGCCUGCGUCCGGAGCUCGUUCCGGAAAGGGAUCUCGGCGUUCAUCAGAAGACAAGGCCUUGCAGGAAGGACAAGUGGCGCCUGUUUCGCAGAACGCAGGCGCUCUGUCUCCGGACCAGUCGGAACGGAGCCUCCUAAACCACGUCAAGAGGCUCAUGUUGAACCCCACCUUCGUGUUCUUGACGUUGGCUGCGGCGGCGGAGACCAUGAUCGCGUCAGGACUUACAGGAUUUGCGACAAAGAUCUUCAUUGCCAUGUUCGGCAUCUCUUCCACCCGGGCGUCAAGUCUUUUAGGCAUGGUGGCCGUGCCGAGCGCGUGCGGUGGAACCCUGCUGGGCGGUUACGUGAUCACCAAGCUGAACGUGUCGUCGGCGACCAUCGUGCGAUACUGCGCCAUCCUCGCGCUCGUUCCGUGGUUCACGCUGUUCGUCUUCCUGCAGUCCUGUCCCAGCAAGUACAACGCGCUCGUCAAUCUCACCACCACGGCCGACACCCAGAAGCUCACAUUCCGCGACCUGGAGCGUGCCUGCAACAUUCGCUGCAACUGCUCGGGUGCCGUGUACGACCCUGUGUGCGGAACGGACAACUUGACUUACUACUCGCCCUGUCUGGCCGGCUGUGCGGACGUGAGGCGAGUUAAGAAAACCAAGGUACCAUUCCGGGGCCAAUAGUAUUUGGCUACUUGAUCGACCGCAGCUGCAUCUUGUGGCAAUUGACGUGCACCGGCGGCAGGGGCGCCUGCGCCAUCUACGAAAACAGCGCAAUGGGCGUCAACCUGUUCCGCGUCAUGAUCGUCGUCAAGUCGGCCUCCAUUUUGUUCUUCUUCUGCGCAUCGCUGAGCACCAAGUCUGAGGCACGCGCAACGUCUACUUCUCAACAGCGGGCGAGCACGCGUGGUGACAAUCCCCCCGAUAAAUUAGUCAAGUAUUCAGUGUCAGUACUGAACCGUUCCCGGAAAUGUCUUUAUUUUUCCUGCGAUAUGAAUGGCCGCUGUAAUGACAUUUGUAUGAUUUGGCGCGGGAAAUUGAAAUAUGUAGCAGUGCUAAGGGGAAUGACAAAGUGUACAGAAAUAAUGAAAAGGAGAAAAAUGCGCCGCAGGUGGUUACACUCAUUUCAUUUCAUUGUACAGAAGAAUAUUUUCGGCCAGAAAGACUUUCAAACCAGUUACAAUUGCAACUGGUUUGAAAGCACUCAAAGCUUUCAAGUGUUUUCUUCUUAAAAAAAGACAUAAAUGAAACUGGAUUUUCGUGAAUAACGCACAUAUAGACGAAUCUCUUAAAGGGCUUCCUCUUUGGCAAUGAUAACAUCACGAUUAUAUUGUGGCGUGAACUGGUUGAGCUAACGCUGAGAAACUCCGUGCACGAAAUGCGCAUGGAAUACCAUUGUUAUUAACGUGUAACACACGUUCGCAACCCUUGUGACGCUAGCAUGCAUUUAAUCCAGAGGCUCACUCUUUGCAGCCAGGAAACGGACUUUAUGACGUUACCGCAGUGAACAGACAGAGUCACCGAUCUCGAUACGUGCUCUAUAGGAGGAUGUGCUACAGCGGUCGCGCAAGCUUGAAAAACUGAACAAGUCGCAUACAACGCAUUGCGCAACUUGUUUCUCCAUGCUGUACUGGCAGCAUUGCCAUGUCGGAAAUCUCCAGGCGGCUUUGUUUCCUGGAAAUUGCCAAAGUCACGUAUUGUCACUU